CAGGUCUGAGCCACUUUGGCAGCUCCUCAGUUGAGUUACAACCUCUGCAGGAGAAGGUACAAUGGCUACAACGAGAUCACAUCCGAGGUUCUGGCUCCUGGGCAAUUCAUCAGGAAGUUUAUCCAUGUCAAGGCUGCCUACAAGUAAAGAUGCCCUACUAAUGGUGCAACAUUUUCACAUAAAUGAGGCACAAACCAUUACCGUGAGUUUAAACAAAGCAUGUCUGAAAGUUAAGGAAGUUUGGGAUCAUGCUCAUAUCCCAACACAACGGGUAGAUUCUUGUGCCCGUAAGCUUUCAAAGUUAUAUCAUCAGUACCAGAUGCUCAAAGUUAACCGGAAUAGACAGCGUGAGAGUGACAUAAUGAAAGAACAAGUGUUCCAAGCUGAUAUUGAGAAGCUAUUUGAUAUUGCCACGAAAGAUGCAAUGAUGACAAUGGUUAAUUUGGAGGACAAGAAAUUCCUCACUAUGCAGCGGGAAAGUGUUCAGUCAUGUAGCAUGGCUAGUAUUGAUAAAGAAUUAGCUUCACUUGAAACCAGGAGGCAACAGAGAAAGGAAAAAGAGUCCAUGGCAAAGGCUAGAUAUGAAGCAAGGGAAGAAUUUAAUAAAACAGGACAAGCUUUCCACUACGAUCCUUCUUCUUCAUCGUCAUCAUCAGAAGAAGAGUAUCAGCCAUCAGCUCCUAUUCCAUCUUCGUCUGGAGCACCUCCUUUGAAGCGUUCUAGAAAAACUGAUAUUAUCAAGUCACCAGUAGUCAUUGAAGCCAUGGACCGUACCAAUUUAUCAGACAGAAAUGCUGUGUUUGUAGCUGGGGCUGUAGCACAAGCUCUUGGACACGAUAUUGCAGACAUGUCGUUUUCUAGGAGUACGAUUCGAAGGUACAGAGCAAGUGGGCGUAAGCAAGCAGCUGAAACAGACCGAAAAUCAUUUUCUCCAGAUGAACCUCUUCUCCUACAUUGGGACGGAAAACUCCUUCCUGACGUACAGAACACAACUGCUAGUCGCAUUGCCAUUGUGGUGACAUUUAAUGGACAAGAGAAGCUGCUAGGAGUACCCAAAAAAGAGAGAGAAACUGGAGAAGCACAGGCCGAAGCAUGUUUGGAAGCAAUUAAAUCAUGGAAUGUUGAGAAAUUGGUUAAAGGACUUGUAUUUGAUACUACUGCUUCCAAUACAGGAUUACAUCGUGGAGCAUGUGUCCGCAUUGAAGAUGAACUGGAACAGGAACUUGUUUGGAUAGCAUGCAGACACCAUGUGCUAGAAAUUAUGCUAAGCGAUGUCUUCAGUUUGAUCUGUGGGUCAACUGGAAGUCUUGAGACUAUUCUGUUUAAGCGCUUCAAAAAGCAGUGGAGGUCCAUUUCGCUCAAUGACUUCAUUCCAGCACCAGAAAGCAUGUUUGAGGACCCAAUGCUUCAAAUUCUAAGGAAGGAGUUGCUUGAAUAUUUGCCAGCACUCAGGCCGGCCAGGUUACAAGAUCAGACAAUACUAUUUAGCCCAGUCCCUCCUGAGGCCACUUCAGGAGCAGAGGACAGCUUCAAGUCGUCCCGAGACGCCUCAUCGCCCGACUAUCUCAUCGCCAGCAUGGGCAAAAAAGGUGGCUGCGAUGGCGGCAGGGAAUCCGAUCCCAAUCUACUAAGAGGCACAGAUCCACCACCUGCAUUCCUGGUCAACGGAGAACCUGUUAAUCAAAUAGAACAUUUUAUCCACCUCGGUAACCUUCUUUCCCCCAAGCACAACAUCGACGACGAGAUCCAGGCUAGGAUACAUCUUGCAGCUGCCUCCUCUGGUUGUUUGCGUGACAGAGUGUUCGACAAUAGCAGCCUCAAAGUUACAAGCAAACUUUAUGCUUACCAAGAACGCAUUCUUGGUCUGACCUGGCCGGACAAAGUCCAUCAUACUGACAUCCUCCUGCGCGCCAACACUACUAGCACAGAGUCUGGCGAAACGACAGAGUCAAUGAAUGGGACACUUUAUCCGCAUGUAGGGAAAAGAGACACAAUCGCCCUCCCAGAGACCUCCCAGAGACCUGCCACAUCAAGUGCCACCGCUGACAACAUCUCUAGUUCACCACUCAUCAUCAUCAUCAACAUCAUCAUCAUCAUCGAAUUCAUAAUGAAGCAGAGUCGUCGUCGACUACGACGGACAGCCUUAAGCGAUUAA